AUGAAUAACGCAAGUAUCGAUGAAGUUACUUUUAUUGCUCAUAAACUGAUUAUUACUAUGGGUAUAAUCAUGUAUGUAUUUGGUUUAAUUGGAAAUGCAUUAAAUAUUUGUGUAUUUACAAUCUGGUGUCGUUCACACAAACAAGGAAAUGAAAAUAAUGGAAAUAAUCGACCAAGUAAUAGUUCUCUAUAUUUACUUACAUCAUCUUGUGCUAAUUUCAUUCUAAUUAUAUAUCCACUUUUAACUCGUAUUGUAUAUGAUGGUUUUCAAUAUCCAAAAACACCAAAUAAUGUCAUUUUUACAUGUAAAUUACGUUAUUAUGUCUUACAUACAAGUGAUCUCAUAUCAUUAACAUGUAUAUGUAUGGCAACAUUAGAUCGAUAUUUGAUUUCAUCCCGACAAGCACGUUUACGACAAUUAAGUACAACACCAUAUCGUACAAAACAAAUAAUUUUAUUAAUUAUCUUUGUAAUUGGUUUACAUAAUAUUUCAGUAGGUUAUUAUUAUGAAAUUUCUGAUUUUGAUGAUUGUAUAAUAUCUUCAGAAAGAUAUUUAUAUUAUUAUUUAUGUAUUAUUCAAAUAUUUUUUCAUGCAAUUUUUCCAAUAUGUUUUCUUUCGGUAUUUGGUACAUUAACAUAUAAACAAUUAAAACUUUCUAGUCGUACAACUAUUCAAUUAAAUUUUCAUAUGGAUAAACAAUUAUCUCGAAUGCUUUUAUUAUUAUGUAUAUCGAUAUUAAUAUCAUCGAUUCCAUAUUGUAUGGGAUAUACUUAUUUAAUUGCAUUUAAUUAUAUUAAUACAAAAUUAUUAUCUUAUAAUCUUAUUAUUUAUUUUAUAGCUGCUGUUUCAUUUUUUGCAAAUGCUGUUUCAAGUUUUUAUAUAUUUUUUAUUUCAACACCGAAUUUUCGUCGACAAGUCAAGAAAAUUCUGCAAUGUAAUUCAAUAUUUUUUGAAAAAAAUAAUCAAAUUAAUGUAAUAACUAUUUCACCGACUGUUUAA